UCACGUUCACAGGCCCAUAUCUCUUCUACCUCCUCCCCAAGCCGCCGGCGGCGGCCUUCGAUUUGCAGGCAGCCAAGGUACGCCGCCGGAAUUCACCUCUGCGCGCGAGGGGUGCAGGGCACCUUUACGUCGCUGGGAGCCCCGCGCUUCGGUUCGCCUCCCCCGCACUCCCGGCUUCCCAGCUCCCACCACAGCACAUCCUGCUCGUUCCCCCUCCCCACGCGCCACGCCUACGCACGCCGCCGCCCCCUCCGACGCGCUAGUUCGCUAGUUCCAUCGGUUCAGUGGGCACUCCGAAGCCUCGGUUCGGUGCCUUCUCUGCUACUUUCCCACCUGAAGCUUAGCUCUAGGAACAGCCGAACAAGGCGUGUCUAGUUGUGUACAUUUGGGGGGAGGGAGUGAUGGCCAACAGCGAGUAUGAGUACGUGAAGAGGGAGUUCGAGUUUGAUCGCUGCCUCUCGCCCUCUAACUGGAUCGUUGUCCGCAUCGACGGCUGCCACUUCCACAGGUUCUCCAAGAUUCACGCCUUUGAGAAACCGAACGAUGAGAACGCUCUAAGAUUAAUGAAUGCUUGUGCCACUGCUGUGCUUGAGAAAUUCCCUGACAUAGUCUUUGCUUAUGGUGUUAGUGAUGAGUACAGUUUCAUUUUUAGAGAGGAAACAGAGUUCUAUCACCGGCGAGAAAGCAAAAUUCUCUCUUUAUGUGUUUCCUACUUCACUUCUGUGUACGUAAUGAAGUGGAAAGACUUCUUUCCUAACAAAGAGCUGAAGGAGCCACCAUAUUUUGAUGCUCGAGCUGUAUGUUACCCAAAUUUGAAGACUAUUCGUGAUUAUUUGGCUUGGAGACAAGUGGACUGUCAUAUAAAUAAUCAGUACAAUACCUGCUUCUGGAUGUUGGUGAAGUCUGGAAAAAGUGAACAAGAGGCUCAGCUAGCUUUGAAGGGAACAUUUGCAAAGGACAAGAAUGAGCUGCUUGCUCAACAAUUCCAAAUAAACUAUGAUGAUGAACCGCCUAUGUUCCGCAAAGGAUCUAGUGUUUACCGAGAAAAGGUAGAAACAACUGUGAAGAUUGAUGACUAUGGGGAACCCAUAAAAAGACCAAGAUUGCAAGUUACAGUGGCGCAUGUUGAUAUCAUAGGGCCUGAGUUUUGGGAAAACCAUCAACACAUUCUUCGAGAAGGAAAAAUUCUGCAUUGGUUUGUAAAGAAAUCUGUCAUCAAUCACAUCUUUUCGCCUUGUAAUUGGAUCGUUGUUCGCAUCAAUGGUUGCCAAUUUGAUCAAUUCUCAACAAUUCAUUCAUUUGACAAGCCAAAUGAUGAGACUGCACUAAGGCUGAUGAAUGAAUCUGCAUCUUUGAUGAUGGAGCAAUACCCUGACAUCGUCUUUGCCUAUGGUUUUAGCAAUGAGUAUAGUUUUGUGUUCCAUGAGAAGAGUGAGCUAUAUCAGAGACAGGAAAGCCUAAUCCUUUCAUCGUGUUCUUCAUAUUUCACUUCUCUUUACAUGAUGAAAUGGAAAGAGUUCUCCCCCCACAAAGAAUUAAUGCAGACACCACGCUUUGAGGCAGAAGCUCUAUGUUAUCCAAAACUGAAGAUCGUAUGUGAAUACUUGUCAUGGAGGCAAGCAGAGUGUCAUGCUGGCAACCAAUACAAUACAUGCUUUUGGAUGCUAGUGAAUUCUGGAAAAAGCGAAAAAGAAGCUCAUGAGAUAUUGAAGGGAACAUUGUCUAAAGAUAAAAAUGAGUUGCUUUUUCAGCAAUUCCAAAUGAACUACAACAAUGAACUUGCUAUAUUCCGAAAGGGUUCAUGUAUUUAUCGGCAAAAGGUGGAAGAACUUGCAGGAGCUGAAGACGGUGACAACGACACAACAAGAGAGCGGUGGCAUGUGAAAGUGGACCAUGUUGACCUAGGACCCGGGUUCUGGCGAAAGCACCCUUGGAUAAUGACUAGUUGCAGUCGGUAGUUCCCACUGAAUCCAUGAUUCUUAUCAACACCACUUAGGUAUCUAGAUUCCCUGAGAACGUUGUUGUACUUGUGUAUGUAACUCUUGUUCACACAGGUCUAGAAAAGAAAUAUAGUUGUUUGUUCACUGUUCAAGCCUUC